GAUGCCCGCGACCCCCCUGCCGAUGCCGGCCAAGGAGGAGGCUCGCCCCCCGCCCGAGGGGGCCAGCUGUGACCCCGGCCCCGCCGCCGCCGCCCCCCCCGGCUCUCCCUGCCGGCCCCCCCCUUCCGCGGACCCGCUGGACACCCGCAUCGUGAUGGGGGAGGAGACGCGCUGCCCCCCGCCCGAGCCGCGGGGAGGACCCCCCGUGCCUUGCCCCUUCCCCGCGCCCCCUAAGGAGCCCCCCCCGGGCCGCCCCCCCUCGCUGGACCCCGAGCUGUUCUUCACGGCCCCCUCGACGCCGGUGCGGGCRGGGGGAGCGCGGCCGCCCCCCCCGGAGGAGCAGACGGACGGGGACAGCGAGGGGCUGUGCUCGCCCCCCACGUCCCCCUCGGGCUCCUACAUGACGGCCGAGGGCGGCAGCUGGGGCUCCUCGGGCACCGCCAGCACCUCCCCGUCCUGCUCCCCCAACCUGGCGGCCGAAGCCGAAGGCCUGGGCGAGGCUGAGGGUGAGGCCGAAGGUUUGGGGGGGAGCCUGGUGCUGCCCCCCGGCCUGGGGGACCCCCCGGCCUUCCCCCCCCUGUCCCCCGAGGAGGAGGAUGAUGAUGAUGAUGAUGAUGACGAUGAUGAUGAUGACGGUUCCUUCGCCCCGCUGGGCUUAGCGGAUGAUGAUGAUGAUGAUGAGGACGGGCAGACGCCGGAGGAGGAAGAUGAGGAUGAGGGCAGGGGCUCGAGGCUGAUCCCGGCGGCGCUGCUCCCGCUCCGCGUCAGCCUCCUCUUCGAGGCAGAGGCAGUGGAGAUUUCGCCCCGGGCCCCCACCGGGGAGGAGGAGGAGGACGAAGGCAGCACCUCGGCGUCCUUCCUGCACUCGCUGUCCGAGAGCUCCAUCCCCGAGGGGGGGGACGAGGCCUUUGCCUUCCGCGAUGACACCGACGCCUCCUCGGACUCGGCCGCCUACGACGGGGACGAGGACGAGCGGCUCUACGGCACCGAGAGGCACGCGCGGAACCCGGGCACGCCACCGGGGACCCCGCCGGUGCCCUGCGGCCCUGCUGGCGUAGAGCUCCAUCUCCAUGCCGGGUCCCCGUGUCGCCCCCCCGCCCAGGACACAGCUCCCGGAUCCUUGGGAACACUGCUUGCACUCCCUGGAGGGGACGCAGAACUGGACGGCAACGCCUCUGUCACCGUCACGGGGGGGUGGCACCCGCCGGAGCCCCCCGAGGAGAUGGCAGCGACAGAAGUCUCUGGAGCAGCGCUGGGACAGGGACCUUGCCCAGAGCUGGCAGUGAUGGGGCAUGUCCCACAGCCCCCCGGGCUCUGUGCUGGGGAYCCCCAGAGCCACCAGCUGGGUGGGGCCAAUGGGGAGCCUCAGGACGGCCCUGGGCGUGACAGUGAUGGUGACAAUGACCUUGAGCUCAGCACUGGCACAGCAGGGAGCCUUGAUGGCCACAGCGAGCUGGACUCUGCAGCCACCGGCUUGGGGACAUCGGUGACACCAACCCCUCUGGAUGAGAUGGAUAGUGUGGCCACAGAUGUGGUGAUGCCAUUGACACCCAGCUUGAUGGACACUGGGGACACUGACCUGGUGACACCAGUGAUAUCAGCGCCACUGGAUGAGAUGGACACUGCAGCCACCAGCCCAGUGAUACCCAGCCCGCCUGAUGAACUGGACACUGCGGCCACUGACAUGGUGACACCAGGGACACCAACCCCACUGGAUGAGCUGGACACUGCAGACACUGAUCUGGUGACAUCCAGCCUGAUGGACAGCACAGCCACCAGCCUGGUGGCACCCAGCCCGUCAGACACUGCAGCCACUGAUGUAGUGACACCGGUGACACCGAGCCCACCAGAUGAACUGGACACCGUGGCCACCAUGGCCACUGACCUGGUGACACCAGCAACAUCAACAUCAGUGCUGACACCCAGCCCCCCAGAUGAGCCAGACACUAUGGUCAACAGCCUGGUGACACCAGUGACACCAAGCUCACCACAUGAGCUGGACAUCAUGGCCACUGACCUGGUGACACCGGUGACACCUAGCCUGCUGGACAAGAUGGAAGUUGUGGACACUGUCGUGGUGACACCAGUGACAUCCAUCCUGAAGGAUGCUGUGGCAUCUGAGUUGGUGUCAUCAGUGACACCCACCCUGAUGGCCACCAUGGCCACUGACCUGGUGACAUCAGUGACACCAACCCCCCUGGAUGAGAGGGACACUGCAGCCAUCAGUCUGGUGACAUCGGUGACACCCGCCCUGAAAGACACCACAGACACCACCCCAGUGACCCCAAGUGUGAUGGACACCACAGAUACCAAAACAGUGACAUCGGUGACACCAACCCCCGGGGAUGAGAUGGCCACCGUGACCACCGACCCAGUGAUCCCCAGCCCGAUGGACACCGUGGCCACCGACCCGGUGACCCCCAGCCCCCUAGCCGCUGUCCCUGCCCUGUGUCCCCUUCCCCGAACCAUGUCCCCCGUGGUGCUGGCAGCCGGGGUGGCCCCAUCCCCCGAGUCCCCAGCUGCUCCGCCGUGUCCCCAGGCACAGGGGACGCUGUUGCAGCCCCCUGGGGACACAGUCCCCGAGGAGUGGGGGGACGUGGCCAGCGCCUCGUCCCCUCACCCCCCGGAGCUGCGGGACACGUGGCGCUCCCGCAGUGACUCCAGCUCUGCACAGGCCCCGCCGCGCCCCACCGGGCCCACCGGACAGCCCGAGGAGGAGAGAGAGGAGGAUGAGGAUGCGCCCCCCACGCCCCCCUCGCCGCAGUUCACGGCCUCGGAGCGRGAGGUGUUUGUGGGGAUCCCCCCGGCCCCCCCCGAGCCUCUCCCACCAGCCGCCCCCAAACUCAGCCAAGUGCCUCCUCCCGCCGCCCUGGCCCCUGCCGGGCCCCCCCGCAGCCAGGAGGCCCCCCAGGGGCCGCCCCUCUCCAGGAAGCACCUCGAAGCCCCCCAGCCCUCCCCRCAGAAGGAGCCGGAGCCCCGGGGCCGGGCAGGGGCCCCGGGGGCUGGGGGAGGCCGGGGUCCCCCCCGGGGGUCUCUGCAGUCGGAAUCGAGCUCGUCCAGCGAGGCCGAGGCCCCCCAGCCCCCCCCGGCCCCCCAGCGCUGCCAGCCCAACCACCGAGGGUCCGGGAACGAGUCCGAGAGCAACGACGAGUCCAUCCCAGAGCUGGAGGAGCCCGAGGGCUCAGAGCCGUCCCCUGCCCAGCCCCAGGUGCCCCUCAGCCACGCCCUUGGCCCUGGAGAGGAACCACUCAGCAAAGCCAAGCAGAGCCGCAGCGAGAAGAAGGCCCGGAAGGCCAUGUCCAAGCUGGGGCUGCGGCAGAUCCAUGGUGUCACCCGCAUCACCAUCCGCAAAUCCAAGAACAUCCUGUUCGUCAUCUCCAAACCCGACGUCUUCAAGAGCCCCGCGUCCGACAUCUACAUYGUCUUUGGGGAGGCCAAGAUCGAGGACCUGUCCCAACAAGUGCACAAGGCAGCGGCUGAGAAGUUCAAGGUGCCCCUGGAGCACUCGGCACUCGUGACCGACACCGCACCUGCGCUGGCCAUCAAGGAGGAGAGCGAGGAGGAGGAGGAGGUGGAUGAGACAGGGCUGGAGGUGCGGGACAUCGAGCUGGUGAUGGCCCAGGCCAACGUGUCACGUCCCAAGGCUGUGCGGGCACUGCGGCACAACAACAACGACAUCGUCAAUGCCAUCAUGGAACUGACCAUGUAGCACUCAGGGGUGCCCCGGCCCCCUGUAUAGAUGCACAGAGCUCCCCAAAAUCCUUCCUCCUGCCCCCUCAUCCUCCUCCUGCCCCCCGGAACUGCUCAAUAAAGGCCUCCUGCGCCCCUUGG